CUUGUCUGUCCACAAUAAAAAUAUCUGAAAUUCUGUUUUCCCUUUUUGUGUGAUUGCUGUUCCUCUCUGCACUCUCCACUCUCCACUCUUCCCUCUCUUUGCAGGUUUGGACUUGGAGGGGUAAAGUUGUAAAAAUGGAGAGGAAGCAAGGAUUCUUUUCUGCACUGAAAGACGAGGUCGUCAGAGGCCUCUCGCCGGCGAGGUCACGCCCGCCGAGAAGUGCUUCUCCCAUGUCUGCUCUGCUGCGGCGCCGGAGGAAUCACCAAGCUCCUCCACCUCCUCCGGCUGACCCCUUCAUUCCGAGAUCCGGCAGCCUGAGGCCCGUGGAGGCACUUUCGCCUCUCAAAGAGGGCCCCGACGGCGACGAAGACUGCUCCGACUCCAACUCCACUUCACGGCCCGAGGCUAGAUGGGCCCAGUGGCCGUGGGCUAAGGGCCCGGUGGGCUUUUCCUCCUGCUCGUCCGUGGACUUGAAGAGUUCGGAUCUGAGGCUGCUGCUUGGAGUGUUGGGUGCUCCCCUUGCCCCCGUCCACGUUUGCACCACCGACCCCUUCCCUCACCUCAGCAUCAAAGACAUCCCCAUUGAAACUUCUUCUGCUCAGUACAUAUUGCAGCAGUAUAUAGCAGCUACAGGGGGGCAAAAGCUUCAGAAUUCAAUUAACAAUGCAUAUACAAAGGGAAAGUUGAAAAUGAUAGCCUCCGUGUUUGAGACAGCUAACAAGGUCACCAGGAAUUCCUCCAGAGCUGCGGAAUCCGGGGGGUUUGUGUUGUGGCAGAUGAAUCCGGAUAUGUGGUAUGUGGAGCUUGCUCUUGGUGGUAGCAAGGUUCAUGCCGGUUCCAAUGGCAAACUCGUGUGGCGCCACACCCCUUGGCUUGGUCCUCAUGCUGCCAAAGGACCUCAUAGACCCUUGAGACGUGCCCUUCAGGGUCUUGAUCCAAGAACAACUGCCAGAAUAUUUAUCAAUGCAAGAUGCAUUGGGGAGAAGAAGAUCAAUGGGGAUGACUGUUUCAUUCUCAAGCUUUGUGCAGAUCCCUCCACACUAAAAGCCAGGAGCGAAGGCCCAGCUGAGAUAAUAAGGCAUGUUUUGUUUGGUUACUUCAGUCAGAAAACAGGACUGCUUGUUCACUUGGAAGACUCUCAUCUCACUCGGAUUCAGAACAAUGGAGGAGAUGCUGUGUAUUGGGAGACCACCAUAAAUUCGUUUCUUGAUGAUUACAGGCCUGUUGACGGAAUCAUGAUUGCUCAUUCCGGUCGUUCCGCGGCAACACUUUUCAGGUUUGGGGAAACAUCUAUGAGCCACACCAAAACAAAGAUGGAAGAAGCAUGGACGGUUGAGGAAGUGGCGUUCAACGUCCCCGGCCUUUCGGUGGACUGUUUCAUUCCUCCAGCGGAGCUAAGACUUGCUUCCAAGAGAGAAGCCACCGAGCAGAGAGUGAAGAAUGCUGUUCCGGGAGGCGCACACCAUGCGAGAGCUCCUCAGCUACAUAGGUCUCAUCAUGCAAGCAAUGGGAGCAACGUUAAAUGGGCAGUGGAUGUUUAGCAAUUGUGAAGUUUCUAGAUUAGUCUACUUCUAGUUCUCCAUUUUUAACGCCUUAGAUAGACUGACAAGUAAACUGGGGUUAAAUGGUGAAGAUUCCUGCAGUUUUGUGGUGGAGUUUUCUGCUGUCAUUGCCUCCUUGAAUUUGUAAAUAGGGACGAUUAGCAGCAGAUCCCGCAAAAAUUGAUCUUUAAAAUUGGAUGAUUAUGCACCCUAAGGUUCGUUCUUGCACUUGUUUUUAGUAAGUGUGAAUUUGAGAUCUGUUGAUAAUCUUAUUACGUUUGAUUUCUUUUA